AUGUCCAAGUCUACAUACUACUUGCAGUCUUCUGCUCCCCCGCAGUACUCUCAGCCCCCUCCUCAGUACUCUCGCCGCCAGCCUUCCUCUUCCUCAUACGACCGCGACGACUACUACGAAGAGAAGCGCCGCCACCAGGAAAGAUCUCGCCACAGUUCUCAGGGUAACUACGACUUUGCUCCUCCCCAGGGCCCUCCCCCUUCUCAGCGCCGCUACGACGACUACGCUCGCCCUCAGGGUCCCCCUCGUGGCUACGAUAACGGCUACGACAACGCUUACGAUCACCAAUAUAACGGCCAAAACCAGCAGCUCCAGCAAUAUAACAAACGAUCGCAAUCCCCUCAGAUGGCGCCCGGUCCUCUUUCUCUCCCUGUGGUCAUCCCACAGCAGCGCCCUGGUUCGGCAGAGCGUGGCUUCAUGGCUGCCUACGCUCCGGCGCUCGAGUCUGCCGGUAUCGACCAGCGCACCUUUAUGUCUUUUCUCGACGAGUUCAACACUGCUGUCCAGGGCAACAAGUUUCUUGCUGGUGUGCAGGUUGUCUCUUUCGGUGUUGCGUUUACUCCUGAAAUCAUCACCACCUGCGUCGCCACAGCUGUUCAGAUGGGUGCCCACGUCGCCAACAAGGGCUUCGUUAAGCACAAUACCAACUCGACCCUUGACAAGUUCAACAAGGAGGUGUUUGGCCCCCGCGGUCUCUUCUGCAUGAUCAUGAAGUACGACCCCAUCGGCCAGGACCCCGUUCUCGCCGAGCAGGCUGCCAACAGCACCUUGAGCAAGCUUGGAAAUGGCCAGCAGAGCUGGCGCAAGGACCCCGUUUCCGGCACCUCUGAAGGCAUGAACGCCCUUCCCUCGGCCGUCGCUCCUCUCAUCUACAUGGACGACCGCCGUGCUCACAAGGAGUACCUCGCCAACGAGGGCAAGGUCUCUCCCGAGCGCAGCCCCGUCGAGAAGCAAAACUCAAAGGGAAAAUUCUCAAGUGCUUUCGAGAACUUCAACGUCUACCUCGAUCGCCGUGCCCGUGCCAAGUACGCUUCGGAGAACCAGGGCGACAUCCUCAAUACUCCCCUCACCAAGGGUUUCUCCAACAAGUUCCUCGACCCCAACUCGUCCAUGAACAACGGUGGUCUGCUUGGCUUCAUCUCCGGUGGCGCCCUUGCGCAGGACCCCGAGACCCGCCGUCUUAAGAAGCUCAAGAGCAUUGGCGAGGAGGAGGAGCGUCUCAACCACGAGUACCAGGAACGUGUCGACCAGGUCCGUCAGCAACGCCAGAGCACUCGCGAAACGGAGCGCCAGAUCAAAUACAUCGACCGUGACUACCAGCCCCGUUUCGCCGAGUUCCGCCAGAAGCGCAGGGAGCUCGAGAUGGGCCCUGAGCGCUCCAUCAAGGAGAAUAUUCUCUACCUCACCAUUGUUAACCGCCCCUCGGACUCUCAGCUGGCUGCAGCAACUGACCGGAUCAACCACGGCCAGGUAAUGCCCGGUGGCCCUCAGGGUCAGGUUCUGUGA